UACUGCUACUGCCCCCAAAACAUCUGCUUUCACUUCACCCACACAAAGACGCUAAAACACAGUCACUUCGGUUUGUGGUUUUUGCUGUUGCCUGUACAUAUCUUUGCAAUUAAAGAGCUUCAGGAGGUGUUCUUAGUAGAAACCGGCAGCUCAGAUUAAUAACUUCAUCAGUGCAUUACACCAGCAAUACAUCUGAGAAGUAUGGACAAAGAGAGAAAGAUGGUGAUAUCCUGUCUGCUCUUGGCAGCUAUUAGCAGCCUCGUGUUUGGUGGAGAAUGGACGGCCAGUGUUGUCAAAGACCUUGACGCCCUGGUUUCAUCCUGCAUUGUGAUACCCUGUUCGUUCACCCAUCCCAAUGAAAAACAGCCCACCUCCAAGAUUAGAGCGAUCUGGCAUCUUAAAAGCGAUAGGAAUCAACGCAUUUAUUUUGAGGACCAAACGCAGGUUUUGGAUAGUUUUAAGGGCCGGACAAAGUUGUUGGGGCAGCUGGGUCAGAACAACUGUACCUUAGAAAUUACUGACAUUAGAGAUCAUGACAAUGGCCCUUUCUGUUUCCGUGUUGAAUUGGUUGAUGCACCUCCCAAGGAAAAGUUCUCCUUCAUUGAGGAUUGUGUCAGGUUGAAUAUGCUCUCUGAUGCUCCAAAACCUGUACUCAGUGACCCUAAAUCAGCCACUCAAGAUCGCCCUUACAGUCUCACCUGUUCAGUUACCCACACCUGUCCCUCCCAUGCUCCUAAACUGAAAUGGAGUAGGAGCACCGCAGAUGAUGAUGUCACUGAGGUCCACAGACAACUUCCUAUUGGCUUAUGGGAGGUACACUCGACCCUGACGUUCAUUCCUGGGGAGAAGGAUGACCACAGUGAGAUCACCUGCACAGCAGAAUUUCACGGAAAAGAACGGAGGACGUCCUCUUCAACAAUGACACUCUACAUAAAACGUAGAGAAAACUAUAACCACAUCAUCAUUCCGACAGUGGUGGGACUUGGUACUGCUGUGAUCUUUGCGUUCUUCUGCAUUUUCAUGGUGAAAAAGUACAAGCAACAAAUUGCAGAACUCCAAAGUCAAGAAGGCAGUGUUUGGAACCGGCUUUCCAGACUGUCUCGCAGGAACCAAACAGAACAUUGAGAAGAAAAAAAAAACGCCUUCACUGAAAUAUGUCAUCAAAGAAACCAGAAGUCUGUUGACUAUCACGGUCUGCCACAGCUAAUGGAGGCCUCUCUCUCACUCUUUGGUUGAUCAGCUUGCUUUCAUGUUAUUCAUAUAUUGGCUUAAGGAAAAUGAGAUACGCUUAAUAGCAACUUUAAAAAAUCACACAAUAAAAAGAAAUAAAAAGAAAACACCUUUAAACAACGCAUGAAUAUUUUAGAUGUCUAAUUUCAUGAAAAGAACAUUUUGUACUGUAAUCUGAUUUAGAAAAGAGUAAAGAAGUGUCUAAUUAUUGUUUGCUUGUUUUAUUUUGUUUAAUUUGCAUAUUUUAUUAUCUGUUUAGUAUCAUCUCUGCUGUGUCUGUACACUGUGUGAAAAUCUUAAUAAAGAAACAUUGACUGAUGUGGCUAAUUAUCA